UAAAGAGAGAGAGAGAGACUGUGGUCUCUACCCAACAUUGGCGAUAGGAGUGGUUACUAAUCAUGGCCAAUACAAUUCAGUUCUUUUUUGAGGAGAGUAUUUCUAGCCGAGGUCUGCAGAACCUGCAUAUGUGCCUCCUAAAUCAGGAAGCUUAAUGUUUGGACGUUAGUAAAAUUUCAAGUGACUUCCAUACAAAGGCUUCCUUUUGCAUUCUACUUCAGAGGCUGUUCUCCAGUUGCUGGCUGGUGAGUCAGGGAUAGACCCAAGAGAGGGGAAGGCUCGUGUGAGGCAGCAUUUGCACCAAGCCUGGAAUUUGGGCAGCAACUGGUGACCAAAUCUCAAAGCCAGUUUGCCAGAAGAUACCUAAAGCAUUUAGAGAAACACAUUUCAGGUCACAGAUUCGCUCACUCGGACCAAAGGAAACUGCCGAAGUCUCGCUGGACAUCAAAGAAAAGCAGGAUGAUGGAUAACAGUAGCUCAUUAAGAAAUGCAUCCUCUUCCGGUAGCUGUGUGCGCAACACACAGGUCACCCAGAUACUGUUCCCAAUCCUCUACAGUGUCCUCUUCAUCGUGGGCCUGGCGCUCAAUGUCAUGGCCGCCAAGAUAUUCUUCCACAUCCCGAGCACCAGCACUUUCAUCGUCCUCCUGAAAAACGUUCUGUUCGCAGAUGUCAUCAUGACCCUCACGUUCCCCUUCAAAAUCACGAAGGACACUCAACUGGCCCCGCUGCAGCUGAGAGCAUUUGUGUGUCGUUUCUCCGCCGUAACGUUCUACUUCACCAUGUACAUCAGCAUCAUUCUCCUCGGCCUCAUCAGCUGCGACCGCUACCUGAAGAUCACAAACCCCUUCGGGAAGUCAUGCGUGCGGAGCGUGAGGUUUAGCAAGUUCCUAUCUGGGGCGGUCUGGCUUACCAUGUUCGCCCUGUCUGUGCCCAACAUGAUUCUGACCAACAAGCCCGUGAGACCCGACACAGCCAGGAAGUGCUCCUUACUGAAGAGUCCGCAGGGAUUAAUGUGGCACGCCACACUCAUCUACAUCUGCCAGUUCAUCUUCUUUGGGGUCUUCUUGCUGAUGGUCGUGCUCUAUAUCAUUAUAUCCAGGAAAGUCUACGAGUCGUACGUCAAGUCACGGAGCUCCGACACAAAGGGUCGGAAGAAGACAAAGGUCAAAGUAUUUGUCAUCGUGGCUGUGUUCUUUGUGUGUUUUGCUCCCUACCAUUUCGUCAGGGUGCCCUACACGCUAAGCCAGGUGGGCAAGGUGAGGGAGUGCUGGAAGCAGGACUUGCUGUAUUAUUUAAAAGAGAUCACUCUUUGGCUGUGCUCCUCCAACACCUGCCUGGACCCCCUCAUUUACAUUUUCCUGUGCAAGUCUUUCAGACGGCGCUUAGCUAGACAUGAAACAAACAGGUCAGAGAGCAGAGUAAACACCAUACACGACAAUGUGGCUAGCGAGUCUGCCUUGUAAUACUAAUCCUUGGAUUUGAGGCAGCGCACCUUAUCACGUCAUCAAGAU